AUGUUGCGCCCCGCGACACCGCUGUCGGUGCUGCUAUUUGCGGCCUUCAUUCUCCUUUUACUCUCGGUUAUAUCGACCCCCAUUAUCACUGCUAUCCCCCUGGGCAGCUGGGAAGAAGUCGACUUUGGCGUCUUUGGGUUUUGCGACCAGAGCGGAUGUACCCCAAUUGAGAUCGGCUACGAUGUCCGACGUCUACAUCCCAACGACUUCUCCCUCUCCGCCGCAACCCGUUCCACUCUUUCCAGCCUUCUCAUUGUCCACCCAGUCGCGGGCUUCUUAACUCUCAUCAUGUUUGUCCUUGCCGUGGUCGCCCAUUUCCACAGCCCCUCCCAUUCCCCGAGGUUCCUCCUCGUGCUGUUCAUUGUCGGCAUCGUCAACUUCCUUGUCUGCCUCUUGAGCUUCCUCGUCGAUGUCCUGCUUUUCGUACCCCACAUCGCUUGGGGUUCGUACCUCGUCCUUGCCGCCACUAUUCUGGUCGCCUUGAGCGGCUUGGUCUCUUGCGCCAUGCGCAGGACCGUCGUUGGCAGGAAGGCAAGGCAAAAGCGCAUUGCCGAGAACGCAGAGAUGAGCGGCGAGAAUUACUACAAUCGCCAAGCCCAAGCGACGACCGCUCCCGUACCUAGCUCGGCCGUCCUCCACCCAACAGUUCCUCUCGUCAGCGGCGCCAAUGGCGGGGGCGAUGCGCUGCCGGAGUUUGCCUCCUAUGAAAAGAAGGAUGAUCUGAGCAGCGACGAGAGGAUUCCCCUCACUGCCGCGAGAACCCGGUCAAGUAGGUCACCUGGCACCUUCAACACCGACCAAUCUACAUAUGUAAACGAUCCGACAAACCCAGCCGACAUGGCGACCUUGCGUUCCAUGUCCACCACGCCCGGCGCCCGCGACCAGUACGGGAACCCCCUCCCGCCACAAGACGGAUAUCCCAUGAGGUCAGGCUCCAUUGAGCGCAUGGGCUCACCGCCACACGGCCCUCUGCCUCCAGGCGCUUAUCGAGGGCGUGGUGGAUAUUCAGGCCCCGGCAGGGGCGGCUACAACGGUUACGGCCCCGCCCCGGGUGGCCGCGGCGGUUAUGGUCCUCCAGGCCGUGGAGGUUACGGAGCCCCAGGCGGCAGAGGAGGGUAUGGACCCCCUUCCCGUGGUUACGGCCCCAUGCGCGGCGGACGCACUCCGCCCCCACCUAGCUACCAGGGCCAGUAUGACAGGAGAGGUUCACCUGCUGGCACCAACCAGUAUGGUUCCAGGCGACCAUCUCCCGGUCCGCCCUCCGCGCCUGGCUAUAUGAAUCAGUCGGUGUCCAACGUCUCAUCUAGCGCAUACGAAGCAUAUAAUCCUAGCAGAGAUAGCAGAGACAACCUCCCACGGGCAGAGUCCCCUCCUCCUCUACCGGGCAUCGAUGACGGGGUCCGGCCAGGCCAGGCGAUAGAAAUGGAUGCGUCGGGCCGUAGCCCAGCAAAUGCGCCUCAGGGGUUCGGUCAAUUCAACAUUCGAGACAGCGAUUCAGAUGUUGCUGGGAUGCUGGCGCUGCAGCAAGCGCGGACCUCGGGCGCGGAUCGUCAUAUGAGUGAUACUAGCAAGUACAGCCAAGAAGAAACGGCCGCCUAUGUACCGCCGAGGCAGGCGUGGAACCAAGAAGGCAGGAAUUCACCCCGCGUACCCUCGCCGCUGAACACACGCCGCCCCGCGGAACUUCCCUCCCAAGGAAGCCCCUCGCCCCCGCCGCCGGCAGCGCCCGCUGGUGAGUACUACGAAGACGUGGACCCCCGCUUCGCCGAACCUCCUCCGGCCAAGAAACCAAUACCUGCUCCUAUCCACACGACUAACUCCUACGAGGAUAUUCCCCAAGGCUCCCGCAGCCCGGCGGAAUCUGAGCGCUCCACCUUCACCUCCAUCUCCCAGCGCGGCAUCAACCCUCGCUGGAACCCGCCAGUGCCACCGCCCCCGGCACCGGGUAGCUACGGCGGCGGCGGCGGCGGCGGCAACAGCGGAGGCAACCUGAUGAUCCCCCGACGCCCCGUCAACCGCACCGACAUCCUCCUCGACUCGAACCCGGACUUCGGACUCCCUAGUCGCGGCGCCGGGCCGUCCAGGUCCUAG